UAUCUUUGUGUCUACUCUGCAGCAUCUGGAACAUACAGUACACCUGUCACGCAGUCACUCAGUCAGUCAGUCGGUAUGUUUGUUUGUUGACCGCACUGUUGAACCUGAGAAAAAAAGGUGGUGGCGAUAAAUACAAAUGCAGUGACACCAGCAACAGGUAGAGUCGCUUUUACAUUCCUUAGCUAGGAGGAAUACAACAACACGUUUGUUCAUAGAGGAAGUACGGAAGUAGACGACUGCCUGUUCAAGAGCACUCAUGUAACGUUAUAGUUGAGCAUAUCGGUGAGCUCACAGAAAGCCUCCGGGAUCAUUGAAUGGGCACUGGAGAUUUUUUUUGAAUCCGGAAAGUCGCAUCUGCAUUCAGAGACUAGUCAUCAUGCGCGGCCACAGGAGGCAGCCCAGUAUUGAUCUACUGGAAUUAAUGGGUGUGGUGAAAGAGAAUGGCAAUGAUCAGCCGUCAAUCCCUCCUGUGCAAACGCCUCUAUCAUACGAUUACGUCCUGGUUGCCAAAACAAAUGAUCACCAGGACAGGAAGCAAAUUGAAUACAUUGAGGAACUGAAAAAAAAAAAAUUAAAAGUGACCAAAAUUAUAGAUGAUGAUCUCGUCUUCUAUGGGAUCCAAGCGCCUAAAGAAAUGUUCGAGAGGUACAGAUAUCUGCUCAAAGUGUCUGAUGCUUGUAACUGGAGCUCGGAUCAGAACAUUGUACCACUAAGCACCAGGAUAAGGAUUGUCCACUUCAUCUUGAAUCACACCCCUAUACGUUCAGGAGAGAGUUUGCGGAAUCUUAUGAAGAUGAAGGUUUUUGAAGCAAAGUUCUGCUUGCACGAGAAAAAGAAGCAGAGAGAGCUGAAAGAGAACUGGGCUCGAUGGACAGCCUGUCUCCAAGGGCAACCCAUCACUGCUGUCAGGAACUACUUUGGGGAGAAGGUGGCCUUGUACUACCUGUGGCUGGGCUGGUACACUUUUCUGCUGAUCCCGCCUGCUCUCAUCGGGGUCAUCGUCUUCCUUUAUGGCCUCGCCUUCUUUAACAGCUCACCCCUCAUAAAGGAGGUUUGUGAGGCUGACACAGUCAUGUGUCCACUUUGUGACAAGAGAUGCAAAGUGUGGCAGCUCUCCGACACCUGCACAUACGCCAAGGUGAGCCUGCUGUUUGAUAAUAAUGGCACAGUGCUCUUUGCAAUGUUCAUGGCAGUGUGGGCAACAUUGUUUUUGGAGUUCUGGAAGAGACAUCGAGCUUCCUAUGUGUGUGAAUGGAAAGUGUCAGAUUGGUGUGAGGAGGAGGAGGAACUGAUUCUGGAAAUUGUGAACAAUGCCAACUGUGAACCAAAACAAUAUAAGCACUCCUAUCUGCGCAGCACUCUGGUUCUGAUCUGUGUCACAGUAAUGAUAUUAGUGAUCAUUGGCCUGACACAUGCCUUGGUGGUGUUCAGGGUGAUCGCAGCGGUGCUCCUGGCUGAAGGAUCAUGGGAGUUCCUGAGCAACCACUCCAACAGCGGAGCAAUGAUGCUGGGGGCCGUCCUGCAUUACCUCAUCAUCACCGUCAUGACACGGAUCAACCGGAUUGUUGCCAUGAAGCUCUGUGAAAUAGAGGAAACAAGAUCAUUUGCAGCCACAGAGAAGAGUUUCACCGUCAAGAUGUUCACCUUCCAGUUCUUCACCUAUUUCUCCUCCCUGUUCUACGUCGCUUUUUUUCUCGGCAGGAUAAAUGGCCAUCCUGGUAGUUAUGUGCGAAUUUCAGGAAAAUGGAGGCUCGAGGAGUGUCAUCCCAGUGGAUGUCUAACAGAUCUGUUUAUCCAAAUGGCUAUUAUAAUGGUCCUUAAACAAACCAUCAGCAAUGUCUUUGAGUUCACUGGCCCCUGGUUCUGCAGGUGGUUUAAGAAAAGGAGAACCAAGAAGCUGCAGAGGAAAUGUGCCCACUGCUACCUGAAGGAUGAUUCAGAGGUCAACCAUGGAGCGGAGCUGUGUGAAAACUGCAAGCUUCGAGACUGGCUCAGCAACUACCGCCUCAACGACGUGGACUCCUUCAGCCUGUUCCAUGAGUUCCUGGAGAUGGUGAUCCAGUUCAGCUUUACCACCAUAUUUGUGGCAGCGUUUCCUCUCGCCCCUCUGCUCGCCCUCAUUAACAACAUCAUUGAGAUCCGCCUGGACGCCAUUAAAAUGGUCACUCUGGAGCGCAGGCUGGUCCCCAAGAAAACCAACGAUAUUGGUGUGUGGAUAGACGUGUUGGAGGCUAUUGGUGUCUUAGCGGUCAUUGCUAACGGGCUAGUCAUCGGCGUGUCAUCAGAUUUCAUCCCUCGAUUGGUUUAUCGUUACCGCUACGGCCCAUGUGCUAACGGCACAGAAGCAGAUAUUGACUGCAUGUCCGGAUACAUCAACAACACUCUCUCCGUUGCACAUUUAGAUGAUCUAAACUUACGCAAUGAGUUUUCGGCCAGUCAGAUGAUCACUAAUAGUGGCCUGAAUGUAACUUCUUGCAGUUAUAAAGACUACAGGAGCAAUGAGGACUACAAUCUAACCCCACAGUUUUGGUUAAUUUUAGCUGUGCGUUUCGCUUUUGUCAUCCUGUUUGAGCACGUUGUCGUCAUAUGCAAGUUCAUUGCAGCAUGGUUUGUGCCGAGUGCUCCCUUGCAGGUGAAGAAUGAACGACUCUUUGAUAAACUCAACAGACUGAAAGAGGAACUCAGUUCAUUUCAAGCUCGACUUCGUUCAGACCACCCUUAAAGGUUACACAUUUUCUCUGAGGACAUGAGCACAGUGUUGCAAUUAAAGUGUCCAGGCUGUCACAGAAUUGAGUCAGCGCCGAAGGCAUUAAUCAUCUCUCUGAAGAGUUCAGAAUGUUAAGUGCUGCCUAUCUGGAUCCUCAUCUCUGAAAUGGAUUUUGAAGACAGACUCAUUUUUCUUGGAUCAAACCAUUGGACAGUGUAUGAUGAUGAGAUUGUUCUUAUUGGAUUGUAUGAAUGCACUGAUAGCUUGCUGUUGGAUCUCUUUAUUUGUGAGACGCAUGUGAGUGUUUUUAGGAAAAGCCUAAUAAUAAUUUAUAUUGCUACGGCACAUAAAGUACCGAUUAUGUGUUACAUUGUUGCCUUAUAUUUUAAACAAGCGAUGUGAUGAUUGCCUUUACUGCAGACAAAUAAUGGUGGUGUCUUUUGUGAAGCAGACACAAGAAUGUUUUUGCAUUAUAAUAUUUUAUAUUAUUGAAUAAAAGAGGAAACCUUUGGCCUCAUAUUCUGUAA